AGCUGAAAACUGAAAACCCUCUAAUCUCACUCAUUUUAUGCAAUUCUCCAUUUGGUGGCGCAUCCCCUUAUCCCUCCGCCGUCCUCCUCCGCCCUCUUUCUCACUCUGCCGCCGCUUCUUCUUUCCAAUGGGAGAUUCUCCUGCCGGCGCUAAGGCUAAGCCUAAUUCGAACUCCGCUCCACCAGCCUACUCCAAGGAUGAAGCAUAUCUCCAAUCUGUCAUUCAGAAACGCAUUGCGCUUUUCGAAUCCAUAAAAAAUCAACAGAAUCUCAGUCGCCUCGCGCUUUCUCCCGACCAAAUCCAGAUUACAUUGCCGGACGGUAAAGUGAAGGAAGGCAAGAAAUGGAACACCACGCCUUUCGAUGUCGCGAAGGAGAUAUCCAAGAGCUUGGCGUCGAACGCCCUGAUUUCAAAGGUGAACGGGGUUUUGUGGGAUAUGAACCGGCCUUUGGAAGGCGAUUGCAAGCUUGAGCUUUUCACAUUCGAUACUGAUGAAGGCCGUGAUACCUUUUGGCAUUCGAGUGCGCACAUUCUCGGCGAGUCGUUGGAGCAGACAUAUGGAUGCCGAUUAUGUAUCGGGCCAUGCACCACUAGAGGGGAGGGAUUUUAUUAUGACGCAUUUUAUGGUGAUCUAGGAUUGAAUGAGGACCACUUUAAACAGAUUGAAGCGGCUGCCAAAAAAGCAGUUGAUGAAAAACAACCGUUUGAGCGCAUUGAAGUUACAAGGGAUCAGGCUCUUGAAAUGUUUGCGGAGAAUCAGUUCAAGGUUGAAAUUAUUAAGGAUUUACCUGAGGACAAAACUAUCACAGUGUAUCGAUGUGGUCCUUUAGUUGAUCUGUGUCGUGGACCCCACAUACCAAAUACAUCCUUUGUGAAAGCAUUUAGUUGUUUGAAGGCUUCCUCUGCUUAUUGGCGUGGGAAUAAAGACCGUGAAAGCUUGCAAAGAGUAUAUGGCAUAUCUUAUCCUGAUCAGAAACGUUUGAAGGAAUACAAGGCCAUGCUGGAAGAAGCUAAGAAAUAUGACCAUAGAGAACUCACCAAGAAGCAAGAGCUUUUCUUUUUUCACCCACUAAGCCCGGGAAGCUGUUUUUUCCUACCUCAUGGUGCUCGAGUUUGCAACAAAUUGCUGGAAUUUAUACGAAGUCAGUACUGGAAGAGAGGUUAUGAAGAGGUCUGGACUCCAAAUAUGUACAAUAUGCAGCUGUGGGAAACAUCUGGUCAUGCUGCAAACUACAAGGAGAAUAUGUUUGUAUUUGAUGUGGAGAAACAAGAAUUUGGACUAAAGCCAAUGAAUUGCCCUGGCCAUUGUUUAAUAUUUGAUCAUAGAGUUCGUUCAUAUAGAGAACUUCCACUUCGCUUGGCUGAUUUUGGGGUCUUGCAUCGGAAUGAGGCAAGUGGUGCACUUACUGGGCUGACUCGUGUCAGGAGAUUUCAGCAGGAUGAUGCUCAUAUCUUCUGCAGGGAGUCUCAGAUUAAAGAUGAAGUCAAGGGUGUGUUGGAAUUCAUCAGUUAUGUGUACAAAAUAUUUGGCUUCACUUUUGACCUGAAGUUGUCUACGAGACCAGAGAAAUAUCUUGGAGAUUUGGAAUCAUGGGAAAGGGCAGAAGCUGCCCUUGCAGAUGCAUUAAAUGAGUUUGGCAAGCCCUGGGAGAUAAAUGAAGGUGAUGGAGCAUUCUACGGGCCAAAGAUUGAUAUCAGUGUUUCGGAUGCAAUGAGAAGAAAAUUUCAGUGUGCGACAUUGCAGCUGGACUUCCAACUCCCUGCUCGUUUCAACUUAUCUUACUCAGCGGAAGAUGAAACUAAGAGGGAGAGGCCUGUUAUGAUACAUAGAGCUAUUCUUGGUUCUGUUGAACGAAUGUUUGCCAUACUUUUGGAGCACUACAAGGGUAAAUGGCCAUUUUGGCUUAGCCCACGCCAAGCAAUAGUGUGCCCUGUCUCUGAUAAAUCCCAUUCGUAUGCGCUGCAGGUCCGGGAUCGCAUACAUGAUGCUGGAUUUUAUGUCGAUGUUGACACAACUGACAGAACAAUUAAUAAGAAGGUCAGGGAAGCUCAACUGGCACAGUACAACUAUAUAUUAGUUGUUGGUGAGAAAGAAGUUGGAACCGGGCAGGUGGCUGUGCGAGUCAGAGACAACUUUGAUGCUAACCUCAAGAGCAUCGAUGAUCUGUUGAAUUAUUUCAAGGAUGAAGUAGCAGCUUUUAGGUAGCGGACUUAUAUACCAGAUGUGGAAAUUUUCAAGUUUCUUGUAAUUGAUUUUUGGAUUAUCUGAAAGUAUGGAAAGAAAAACAGAAACGAAUUAACAGAUACACAAGAAAAAACCAGUUGUCUUCCAUUUGUUCUCUAAUUUUAGAUAACAGUGGUUUGUGCUGAUUUAUCACUGAUGA